GUUUUUUUCGCUCCUAGUUUUAUUUAUUUGAAAUAAUAAUGCUACGCUAAAAAUGCUAUCAGUGAUUUAUCUGUACCACAAUACUGUGCAAAUCGAAACUAUAACAAAUCAUUGAUCAACAAUACAAGGACGAUAAACAAAUCAAGAUAGUCAACCUUACAAGACGUAGCAACAGUCAACUUUGAAAAGGGAAGUUUAAAAUGACAUUGGGCAGGUAAACAAACGUUAUUCGGUCCGUUUUUGAAGUUACAUUUGAGGAUGAAAUCAAGAGGUUCGCCCGAGCCACUAAAACGAGAUGGAAAGUUAAAGGUGGUGAACUAUCUCGAUUCCCCGUCUCGCCGUCGUGGCGCCGCGGAAAUUCAAACAAACAAAAAUGGCGACACGGGCGAAGUGUCCCACGGACGGCGUGGGAAGCAUUAACAGGUUGUUUGAAACGUUUAGCGUGGACUCCACCGUCGUCGAGGACAGGCUAUUUCCCUCUACUGUGACGGAGGACGACGACGACGAUGUCGACGGUCCGGUGGUGUUCAUCUGCGCCAAGUGCAAAUUGCCCGUCGGGGAUUCAAUGUCGUGGGACAGCAACCAAGACGGACAAACUCACAUUCAGCUCAAGCGAGUCACGAACAACGUGCUGGUCGGCAAGGACGCUCGUCUGCACGAAGCCAGCAAAGGUUCUCUUUGUCUGAUCGUGGAUUUGGUGUGCGCGGGAUGCCACACGGUUCUCGGGAUGAUCUACAGGUCGACGCCCAAGAACUUGGACCACAAGAGGUGCACCUUCUGCUUCAACGUGGCCCACAUCGACAGUUACGUGCUGGGCUCGGCGAGCCAGACGUUGUCAGCAGAGGGCCACAAGGAGCAGCCGGUGACUCUGGAGUACAAAGGCCAUGUUGAACAGGUGCUGACUGAGAUGAAGAUGUUGGUGGUUUCCAUGGCGCGCCACGUGGAGGCGCUGGAGAGCUCUGCUCAGGACAAGGCCUGACUGAGCGCGUGUCAAACCAAAAGCUCGCUCCCUCUCCUCCUUCUCCUCGAGGGCAACUCGCUUCAGUCAGCACUUCGGUCCCCCGCGGGACACAUUUUCUUCUCUGGCGAGUGUGUAUGUGCAUGUUUUUCAAGGAGAGCGAGUGUUUUUGGGCACCUGUUGUUCACUCUUCCCUUGUGUUAACUGUUAAGCGAAUAGUGUUGUUUGGUUUUGCAUCUUUUUUGGGGGGGUUUUAUGCCACGGAACCAUCUCGCGGUAUGGUGUGUGGAUUUUCAAAAUA